UUUCCCAGAAUUCCUUGCUCGGUUUUGUCGCCGCUUCUGAACAUGUGAGAGUCUGUAACACUUUGAUUAUUUCAGCUGUUUGUUUUCUUCUUACGCUAUUUUGAGCUGUAUUUGUAAUAUUUCUCCGCGAGGUGAUGACGUCAGGCCGGCGUUAAUGAAGAGUGUGUUCUGAUUGGCUGCUCUGGAAUCCGCUCAUUAGGAAGCUCAUCUCAUUUUAUCACUGGAGAGACUGACAGGAUGAUCAGUCAUGUGAAGUGGCAGCCAGGUCCAGUAGCUGAUAUAUUUUUUCAUCAAGGUGCAGAAGAGGAAAUGACGAUCCACUGCUUUUGCUCCAGAGCUUUUGUGAAUGAUCGAGAGCUGUAUAGAUCGGAUAUCAAGUCUCUGCUGAAUCAGACCCACGACGGAGCGCGAGUCUAUCAGGAGGAUGAGGAAGAUGAGGAGUCCAGCUGCUCUGAGGAAGAGGAGGACACGGUGCUGGAUGAAGAAACCCUGCUCAUGGUCAGUUUGGGGCUUCCCGUAGCCUUCGCCAGCUCCUCACUUCAGAGAAGUGCAAGCAAGAAUGGAUACAGAGGGAAGAAGAAGAGCAGCACUGAGCGCUGGGAGAACUCCGAUUAUUAUAAAACCUCACAGCCGGAGCUGUUGAUGGGCGAGGAGGAGGAAGAGGAAGAGCGAAAGGAGGAAGAGCGAAAGGAGGAAGAGCAUGGGCAGAAAGAGCGAAAGGAGGAAGAGCAUGGGCAGAAAGAGCGAAAGGAGGAAGAGCGUAAGGAGGAAGAGCGAAAGGAGGAAGAGCGUGAGCAGAAAGAGCGAAAGGAGGAAGAGCAUGGGCAGAAAGAGCGAAAGGAGGAAGAGCAUGGGCAGAAAGAGCGAAAGGAGGAAGAGUGUGAGGAAGAGGAGGUGAAGGCUGUUGUGGACGAGACUUGCACAGAGCCGGAGUCUCACACUGAUCAUGCCUGGCUGCAGUACUGGAAUCUGCACGGAGAGAGCCUGCUGUGGGCGAGCUGGGUGGAGAAACACACAGAGUUCUCCACCGCGUCUCCUCCGGCUCCAUGGGCGUGUCCUGAAUGGAGGGAAAAGUGGGAGGAGCAUGCUAAUCAGAUGUAUGGAUAUUACUGGGAGCAGUUUAGCUACUGGGCUUCUCAGGGCUGGACUACAGACGAGACGAUUAGCACUGCUGCUGCUCGAGACGAGGAACUGCAUGCUGAGGAACACCAUGAACAGCUGGAUGUGAUGGAACCGGAGAAAGAUGGACACAAGUCUUCCACUUGCUGUUAUCAGAUGUCAGGAGAACCGGAGAGGUUUCCGGGCGAAAACCCAGCUGACAUCACAGAGCUCGUUAGCAGUUUAAACUUGGACACAGAGAAAUGCGAGCAUGAUGGUAUUAAUAAAAUUUUGCACUGUAGUUAUGCUAAUGAGCCUCAUGAAGGAGGAGACCGGAAAAGACCGGCUUCAUCGGGCAGCACCGGCACGGAGAAAAGCAAUGAGAAACCGAAGUCCAGUACUCAGCCAAACAGAGCCAGCGAGCCAGCGAAGAGCAGCUCAAAGGAGGAUGAUAGUGAUGAGGACGAGCCGCCAGAGAGAAAAGCAAAAACGAAAAGGAGUCAUGAGCUAGACGUCGAUGAACUCGCUCAGAUGCCUGCUGACGAAGCGUGGGAGAGUCUGGGCCUCAAACGCGGCCAUCAACACAAGUUUGUGAGUGUUUUAAAGUUCCGGAGAACGCAGGAGGGAACUCGGAGGAAGGCUAAGUGGAGACAGAAAGCCACCUGCAAAAUCAACAAGCAUGUGUUCUUUACUGAGGACGGAGAGAUGGCAGAGCCCAAGAUCAACAAAACUCUCCAAAAAGUGCAGAAUUUCCUCCAGACGGUCCAAGCUGGGAAUGACUCGGAGAAGACAGCAGCAUCAGUGCUGGAUGGAACGGGAGAAGGACACGGCGCUCCAAAUCCACAGGAAUGUAAGGAAGAAAAGGUGGAGGAGUUUAGGGAGACUACUCAGCUUGGACAGCAUGGAGAAGGUGAAGAACAAUUCAGCAAGCAGCAGGUCAUAACCGAGCUGGAACCAGAACCACUAACGGAACCAGAGCAGGAAACACAUGUUCCUUCAGACAGUAAGGAGCAGGAACUCGGAAGGGAACUUGUGCCUCUGGACAUCCCAGACUUCCUCAUUCCUGAUGCUCCAGAAGAUGAAAAUGGAGCCAAGAACCAGAAGUCUUCAAAGAAGAAGAAAAAGAAGAAGGCUAGAAGGUGGAGGAGGCGGGAAGUGGAAGUGGACGUGCCUCCUGAGAUCGCAGCUGAGCCGGAGUUGGCCAAGUACUGGGCUCAGCGUUAUCGCCUGUUCUCUCGUUUCGAUGAGGGCGUUAAACUGGAUCACGAGGGCUGGUUUUCUGUCACGCCUGAGAAGAUAGCCGAGCAUAUUGCUCAGAGAGUGCAGGUUGCAUCCCAGACGCUGGUCAUCGUCGAUGCCUUCUGUGGAGUGGGAGGAAACGCCAUUCAGUUUGCCCUCACUGGAAACAUGGUGAUCGCCAUCGAUAUCGACCCGGUGCGAUUAGCACUCGCACAGCACAACGCUGCAGUGUAUGGAGUUAGUGAAAGGAUCGACUUCAUCCAGGCGGAUUUUCUGCAGGUGGCGCCGCAGCUCCGGGCUGACGUAGUCUUCCUCGGCCCACCAUGGGGGGGACCCAAGUAUCUCCACGCUGACGUCUUCAACAUCAAGACCAUGAUGAGCCUUGAUGGAUUUGAAGUUUUCAGGCUGGCCAAGAUGAUUUCAGAAAACAUUGUGUAUUUUCUCCCAAGGAAUGCUGAUAUGGAGCAGAUUGCGUCUCUCGCUGGCCCUGGUGGGAAAGUGGAAGUGGAGCAGAACUUCCUGAAUAACAAACUGAAAACCAUAACUGCAUAUUUUGGUAAUUUAAUCAAGUCAGAUUCAUAGUUGAACUUUUUAAUGUCCUCCAAAUCUGACUUUUGUGUAACAGUGUAUAUACUGUCUUUAUUUAUUUAGUUUUAUUGCCUAAUUACUGUUUUAGGAUGAAUCAUUUCUUUUACAGAUGAUACCUAAUGUCUUUGUACAUCUGUAUGUUUUUCUAUUAAAGAUCAUCAAGUGUG